ACCCACCAAAAUUAAUUAAGAUACAUGCAAAGUCAAACAAGCCGAACCCAUUUACAAUUCUAUUUAUGUAACGGAGCAAAAACAUAACCGAAGUCUUCCCUUGUACCCGUCCUGCAUAAAGAGUUUAAUGAGUAGAAGAAAUUAAUUAAUCCUAGCAUUCUGCAUACAGUUUUACCCCGCAGAAAGAAGAAUAAGAGGAAGAAGAAGAAGAAGAAGAAGAAGAAAGCAGAUUUGAAACAAUAUAUGGAAGUUCGUCAAAAGAUUCAUCCGCUGCCAGGCGAUGCAGAAGCACCGCCAACAGCACCAUUAGUCCCUCCUGGCUCGUUCCAAUCCGAGAAGGGCGAUCCAGUGAACCCACCGAAACCAAGAAGCUGCAGUUGUUGCAAAUGCCUGUGCUGGACCAUCGGUCUCCUCGUCCUCCUCCUGGUCAUUGCCGGAGCAACCGGGGGCAUUCUCUACCUCGUCUUCCGCCCGAAACUUCCCAACUACUCCAUCAGCAGCCUGAAGAUCACGGACUUGAGACUCAACUAUGACAUGAGUCUGUUUACAGAAUUUGAGGUGAAAAUCAAGGCCUACAACCCAAACAGGAGAAUUGGAAUUUACUACGAGGAAGGGGGGAAACUCAGCGUUUGGUACCAGCAAACCAACCUGUGCGGCGGAUUGCUUCCGAAUUUCUACCAAGGCCAUGGCAACACCACUGUGCUGAGCGUGGUCUUGACGGGCGAAACGCAGUACGGAAGCGGUUUGAUGGCGAUGAUGCAACAGCAACAGCAGACGGGGGACGUCCCGUUGGAUCUGAAGGUGGACGUGCCGGUGGCGAUCAAGCUCGGGAGGUUGAAGCUGAGGAAGGUGAGGUUUCUGGUGGGGUGCAUGCUGGCUGUGGAUAGCUUGGCAGCUAACAAUUUGAUCACCAUCAGAGCCAGUAACUGUGGUUUCAGGCCCAAGCUCUAG